GAUCACACACAGCAGCAGUGGUUAUGUAACGGUGGUAACCCAGGCCAACACACUGUAACAAAUCCUCUCCUGCGUCAAAUGGGUAUUGACAGAUUUUGUAGUUUGGACGGUUCUGAUCCGUUUUGGGAUUGGAACCGGACAUGGCAAACACCCAAUCCAGACCUGACACCAUGUUUCCAGAACACAGUGCUGGUUUGGAUACCCUGCCUCUACCUCUGGCUGUUAGCACCAUUCUACUUCCUAUACCUCAAAACCCAUGAUCGUGGAUACAUAUGCAUGACCCACCUCAAUAGAGCCAAAACAGUUAUCGGGUUUACCCUAUGGCUUAUCUGCUGGGCAGAUGCUUUCUACUCUUUCUGGGAAAGAAGCCAAAGUGCUGCUAUAGCCCCCGUUUACCUGGUCAGCCCCACAGUGCUUGGCAUUACAAUGUUGCUGGCUACAUUCUUCAUCCAGUAUGAACGAAUAAAGGGGGUCCAGUCCUCAGGGGUAAUGCUAAAUUUUUGGCUGGUCACCAUAGUGUGCGCUACCGUCACCUUUCGCUCCAAGAUUUUUCAUGCACUUAAUGAACCUGCCAGUGUGUAUGUGUUCAGAUAUACCACCUUCUACAUAUAUUAUGCAUUGCUUCUCAUCUCACUGAUCUUGGCCUGUUUGUCCGACCAGCUUCCGCUUUUUUCACAGGCUGUCAAAGACUCAAAUCCAUGUCCAGAGUUGGGAGCUUCCUUCCUGUCCAAGAUCACUUUCUGGUGGAUCACAAGGCUGAUGGUUCAGGGUUAUAAAAGGCCUCUGGAUGAGAAGGAUCUGUGGUCGCUUAACUCGGAGGAUAAAUCUAAGAGAGUGGUGCCACAGCUAAUGCGGCGCUGGGACCAAGAAUGUGUUAAGGUCAAAAGACCAGUAGAUAUGACCCUCUACUCCCCAAAACAAGCAGCAGUGCGAGAAAAGGAGGAUGGACAGCCAGUAGAAGAGUCAGAGAUUCUGCUUGCGAAAACCCUUCAGAAAACUGGCGAGCCCUCUCUCUUCUGCGCACUCUGCUGAACCUUUGGACCCUAUUAUCAAGUCAGUAUAAGUUAUAAGUUUAUACAUGACAUCCUGAUGUUUGUUGGACCAGAGUUUCUCAGGCUGCUGAUCCAGUUUGUGAAUGAUUCCAGUGCCCCCUCUUGGCAUGGCUACUUCUACACCGCCCUGCUGUUUGUUUGUACCUGUGUGCAAACCCUCAUUUUGCAGAAGUAUUUCCACGUUUGCUUUGUGACUGGUAUGAGAUUACGUACGGCCAUUGUUGGCGCUGUAUAUAGGAAGGCCUUGGUCAUUACCAGUGCUGCUCGUCGCACAUCCACCGUGGGAGAGAUCGUGAAUCUAAUGUCUGUUGACGCUCAGCAUUUUAUGGACCUCAUCACCUAUAUCAACAUGAUCUGGUCAGCGCCUUUUCAGGUUAUGCUGCCCCUCUACUUCCUGUGGCAGAAUCUGGGUCCUUCAGUGCUUGCUGGAGUUGCAGUGAUGGUGUUGAUGGUUCCUGUAAAUGCAGUCAUCACCAUGAAGACUAAAACAUACCAGGUUGCCCAGAUGAAAAGCAAGGACAAUAAUAGGAUCAAGCUUAUGAAUGAGGUUGUGAAUGGCAUUAAGGUGCUUAAACUCUACGCAUGGGAACUGGCCUUCAAAGACAAAGUGUCCACCAUCCGAGAGAGUGAAUUGCGUUUGUUGAAGAAGACUGCUUACCUUAGCGCUGUGUCCUCCUUUACUUGGGUCUGCACACCAUUUUUGGUUGCCCUCUCAACAUUCACAGUAUUCGUGUUAGUGGAUGAACACAAUGUUCUGGAUGCACAGAAGGCAUUUGUUUCUCUGGCUCUGUUCAAUAUCCUGCGCUUCCCGCUCAACACGUUGCCCAUGGUCAUCAGCAGCAUGGUGCAGGCCAGCGUGUCUAUGAAGCGCCUUCGUGUGUUUCUGUCCCAUAAGGAGUUGGAUGAAGACAGCGUGGAGCGCCCGGCCAUCACUGGAUCUCCUGACAGCAUUAGGAUUGUAGACGGAGCUUUCAGCUGGUCUAAAGAUGACCCCCCUACUUUGAAGAGGAUUAACGUGCAUAUCCAUGAGGGGGCGCUGGUUGUUGUGGUAGGGCAUGUGGGUUUGGGGAAAUCCUCUUUGCUUUCAGCUUUGCUGGGAGAGAUGCAGAAACAAGAAGGAUCUGUCUCGAUCAAGGGCUCAGUGGCUUAUGUGCCUCAGCAGGCCUGGAUCCAGAAUGCCACUCUCAAAGACAACAUUUUGUUUGGACGGGAAACGAAAGAGAACUGGUACCAAGAUGUGGUAGAGGCCUGUGCCCUCUCACCAGACCUAGAGAUCUUACCUGGAGGAGACUUGACAGAGAUUGGGGAGAAGGGCGUGAAUCUGUCUGGAGGUCAGAAACAGCGAGUGAGUCUGGCCAGGGCUGUGUACUGCAGAUGUGCUGUCUACCUGCUGGAUGACCCGCUCUCAGCGGUGGACGCCCAUGUUGGGAAACACAUCUUUGAGAAGGUCAUCGGUCCUCAAGGUGUGCUACAGGGCCAGACUCGAGUUCUGGUGACCCAUGGACUGAGCUUCCUGCCUCAAGCAGACCUGAUCCUGGUGAUGGCGGAUGGCGAGAUCACAGAAAUGGGCUCUUACACUGAGCUCUUAGGCAGACAAGGCGCCUUUGCUGAGUUCCUGUGCACUUACACCAACACAGAGCAGGAGGAGGUGGAGGAGUCAGUGGAAGACACAGUCCCACAGAAAGAAGUGGAGAACAUGGGCCCUGCUGCAUUGCUGGAACAGAGCCAGAACUCGCUUAAUGCAGCAGGCACAGGUAAAACCCCACAGAUGACUGAACCCAAUGAUACUGCAGCAAAGAAAACCAAGUCUGCAGAAUCUGCGAGACUAACCGAGGCAGACAAAGCCAACACAGGCAGGGUAAAGUUGCCUGUGUUUUGGGAGUACAUGAAGGCUAUCGGUUUGCCCUUGUCCUGUUUCAGCAUAUUCCUAUUCUUCUGUCAUCAUCUGUCCUCUUUGGGAUCGAACUACUGGCUUAGUCUCUGGACAGAUGACCCUGUUAUCAAUGGCACGCAGCCCAACAGAGAGAUGCGUUUAGGGGUUUAUGGAGCCCUGGGAAUCUCACAAGGUAUUGCAGUGUGUGUCUAUUCCUUCUCUGUGUCUGUUGGUGGGAUCUUGGCCUCCCGUUACCUGCACCAGACAAUGCUCUACAACGUUCUAAGGUCACCCAUGUCUUCCUUUGAACGCACACCCAGCGGCAACCUGGUCAACCGCUUUGCCAAAGAGACAGACACCAUUGACUCAGUCAUCCCUAGAAUCAUAAAAAUGUUCAUGGGCUCCAUGUUUAAUGUGCUGGGCUCAUGUGCUGUCAUCCUCAUUGCCACACCACUGGUAGCCAUCAUCAUCCUUCCACUGGGUCUGUUCUACUUCUUUGUACAGCAUUUCUAUGUGGCCUCCUCUCGGCAACUGAAGCGGCUGGAGUCAAUGAGCCGCUCUCCUGUCUACACACACUUCAAUGAGACACUGCUGGGCACCAGUGUGAUCAGAGCAUUUGGAGAGCAACAGCGCUUCAUCAGGGAGAGUGAUGACAGAGUGGACCAUAACCAGAAAGCUUAUUUUCCCAGUAUCAUAGCCAACCGAUGGCUGGCAGUGAGGCUGGAGUUUGUAGGGAACUGUAUUGUGACAUUUGCAGCACUCUUUGCUGUAAUGGCCAGGAACAGCCUGAGUCCAGGCAUCAUGGGACUGUCCAUCUCCUACGCUCUGCAGGUUACAACAUCCCUGAACUGGCUGGUACGGAUGUCCUCUGAGCUGGAGACCAACAUUGUGGCUGUGGAGAAGGUGAAGGAAUAUGGAGACACAGAGAAAGAGGCUGAAUGGAAGUUGGAGCCCUCUACUCUGCCUGCUGGCUGGCCGACCACUGGUCACAUUGAAAUGCGCAACUUUGGCUUAAGAUACAGGGAGGACUUGGAGCUGGCUAUUUGUGAUAUCUCAGUCACCAUCGAGGGAGGAGAGAAUGUGGGAAUUGUGGGUAGAACAGGAGCAGGGAAGUCAUCUCUGACAUUAGGGCUCUUCCGUAUCAUUGAAGCAGCACAGGGAGAGAUCCGUAUAGAUGGAGUGAACAUCGCUGAACUUGGCCUGCAUGAGUUACGAUCCAAUAUCACAAUCAUUCCUCAGGAUCCAGUGCUGUUCUCAGGUUCCCUGCGUAUGAAUCUGGAUCCCUUUGAUGGCUACUCUGAUGAGGAGCUGUGGAGAGCUCUGGAACUGGCACAUCUCAAGAACUUUGUGUCUGGUCUGCCUGACAGACUGAACCAUGAGUGUUCAGAGGGAGGAGAAAACCUCAGUCUGGGUCAGCGGCAGCUGGUUUGCCUGGCUCGAGCUCUCCUCAGGAAGACCAAGAUUCUGGUUUUGGAUGAAGCCACAGCAGCUGUGGACCUGGAGACAGACAAUCUCAUUCAGUCCACCAUCCGAACCCAGUUUGAGGACUGCACCGUUCUGACCAUCGCACACCGCCUCAACACCAUCAUGGACUACACAAGGGUGAUGGUUCUUGAUAAGGGCCAGAUGGCAGAAUUUGGCUCUCCGUCCACUUUAAUCGCCAAGAAGGGAAUUUUCUACAAGAUGGCCAAAGACUCAGGUUUGGUCUGAUAAGGAGAGGUGCAGAAGAGCCCUCUGUUCAUGUUGGACAUAUCACUGGGUGGAGCCCAUGGAGAGAGGACCUGACAUGGACACCAUAGGCGCAUACAGCUCACAUACAGCGUGGUUUCCAUCCAAAAUGUUUUGCAUUUUUUUAAGCACAUUUCUAAAAAUUCAACUUAUACGAAUUGUUUCGCAUUUCCAUAGACUACAUAAUGCGCAUUAUCACGAGGGAGCCGCCUCAUCAUGAUGGAGCAGCUGAAUGACCUCUGCCUGCUUUGGGGAUAGUUUUAUUUGCAAGAUUGGAGCAAGUAUCUCAUUUUAUUAAAGAGCCCAUAUUAUGCUAAUUUACAGGUUCAUGAUUUUAUUUUGGGGGUAUACUAGAAUAGGUUUAUAUGCUUUAAUGUAAAAACAAAAAAAACAUUAUUUUUCUCAUACUGUAUAGUUCUGCUAAACCCAUUUUCAUCCUUUGGCUCAAACGCUCUGAUUUAGGUCCUGUCUCUUUAAAGCCCCCCUUUCCAAAAAGACCAGUCAGAUUGGUCAGCUGGCCUAGUCUGUUGUGAUUGGUCAACCGAGUAGAGCGUGUAUCAGAAAUUUAACGCCCCUUACCAUAACUGAGUUUCAGCUUCCGAGUCUUCCUGAGCAACUCUGUAAACACUGCUGUAACUACGGUAACGUUCGAUAAUGAAAGUUUGGAAAAACAAGUUGAUCGACCCGAACCACCUUCGCAAGCACGAUUUGAGCAGGACUUUUCACCGUGGUAAGUUUUAAUUUUGUAGCUUUCUUACAGGUACACUGUUGAUUAUUGUGAACCUAACAAAGCUUCAAGUAAAAGACACGUAGUGCAUCUAUGUUAGUCAUCUUUUGCUGGAAUUGGUGUAGCCGAACUUUUUUCGCCUGAGAUAUGAACGGAGAACAGUUAUGGUUUGUGAGCAAGUUAGCCGAGGACUACAGUGGAUAGCGGCCGUAACAUUACAGCUUGUAAUGAUAUAAUUACAUAAGACUCUUGAGAUCGACCCUUUUGUUUCACAGUUUUAGGUAAAAGCCAGCCCACAGCUUAAUAGUAAACCCUUACCAAAACAAUAACAUUACAUAGCAAGUUACCCGAGCACUACCGUGGAUUACAGAUGUAAAAUGACCAUUUGUAACAAUAAAUCCAUCUCCACACUUGAUCACUAUUCAUGAUAGUAAAAACGACAAACAAUCUGCAUAAUUCUACACAAUUGUAGGUAAAAUGCGAAAUAAUUAAAAUACAUUUUAAUCACUGAUUCUUUAAAUUGUCUGCCUUUGGAAGUCCAAACAAAGAGGUUUUGCUUUUGCAGUGAAGAAAACAGUUUCUUCUCGACAUGGCGACAGCACUAACCCAACUCAUCCUGGCCUGGCUCUAACUACCUUUGUUUGAGGGUGGGCCAAAAUAGUCCUUAGGUGGACAUUAUGCAGAUGUGUUACAUAGUAACGUAGAUACUUUACGGAAGAAAUGGCUGGACUACCAUCCAGCCGUUUCUUGUAGUUCUUGAGCAGUGUUGCCUGUGGGAGAGAAUAACUCCCUUUUGCGUGGACCUUUUACAUGCACAAACAGUUAUAUUACACACUAAAGGAAAGGUAAAAUCCCAAAAAGCAUAAUAGGGCUUCUUUAAAUGCAUCCACGAGACACCGCAGAAUAAGUGUAAUAUCUGAUAUAAUGUGGGCUGAAAUAGCUGCGAUGCCCUCACACCACCAGUCUACGCAUACCUGGGAGCAUCCACUCUCAAAACUGUUCUAGCGGAUUGUGAGGACCCACUUUAUUGACCAGCUGUGGGUUAAACACUUCCGAAUGACAAGCGCUAUGUUCAAAGAAUUGUGUGCUAUGGUCAAGCUAUCGCACACUCAUAACACAUGCACGAAUAGUCAAAACACAUCAUUGUUUUGCGAAUAAACAGUUUCCAUCACCUUAAUGCGUAUUUAACUAAUGCGAAACUCCAGAAAAUCCACCUCCUCCUAGCGCAUUAAAUUUUAAGCAAAUUUAGAGAGUUUAUUCGCAUAUCAAACGUUUCUAUUCAGGAUUUCUUAUGCCCAAUUUCAAAAUGUGCAUAAAAAUAGUUGGAUGGAAACCUACCUAAUGACAUCCAUUACUCUGCUGCUCCACAGCUGUUACUGUAGCCUUCAGUUUUCUCUCUGUUUUAAAGGUUUCGCUGCAAAUGCUGCUUUAAAAGGUUGUUUGAUGCCAUAAUUUGGGAUGUUUGAAGUUUGAGUUCUUCAUAGAUAUUUGUGUUAUUUGAUUCCAUUUGAAAAACUUCUCAUUUUGUGAACACACCAAACCACUGAGUCAAACACUCCUUGUUAGUGAUGAAAAUGAAUAAUGAUUGCACUAUUGUUUUACUAGAGUUGAAGAGUAAAGAACAAAGGUCUUUCUGUGCAGUGUACUGAUGAUGCAGUGGUCAGUUCUAAGCUGGUAGUCAAUCAUCAGCUGGGAAACACUCUUCCCAGUUCUGUACUUUAUGUACUUUAGUGUGUGCUGGAUUUAACAGAGGAUGUGGGGCUUCAUCCCAAGCAAAAGUUCUUAAAUUAAGCAAUUCUCAUUGUCAAAGUCCUCUAAAGAGACAAAAUUUAAACUCACCCAGAUAGCUAUGGCCUUCUCUAAUUUCAGUAAUAUUUAUUUAUAUAUUGAGAGUAACUCUUUUACAGUAUUAUUUUACCUUAUAAUUAGAGGUGUAAAAAAAUUAUUAUCGUAUUGUAUCGUACGAUACGACACUCAUUGUACAAUAUCAUAUGUAUCAUACGAUACAUAAACACAUUAUAGUGUAAUUUAAACCAAUCAGCACAAUAUUGAGAGCUGCGGAACAGUCUCCACCCGCGAGAGGCGGCGCUAAGCACUCCCAGGAAAACAGAGCAACACACUUACAGUACAUAGGCAAGAAGAUCGUUGGCAAAUGGCAAGUAGAUUGUACUGUUGCGGUACAGCUUGUCGAAUUGGCCAAACAACGGUGUCAUAUCCUGGUGCUACAGUACACUCAACUUUUCAUUUUAUUUAUGCCGAUAUCACUGCACAAAACGGUGGAUUUGUGAGGCAGAAACAGCAGCAGUAACUUUAACAGCCACCUCUCCCAGCCAACACUGAGCGUGACAUACACAGCAAGACAUAACUACCAAAAAACUGCUUAUUCAAAAAAACCAACAACGUAAGAAACCCACAAUUACAUGAGACUUAUAAUUAUCUGCUUCUU